CCUUGGAGACCGAGACGCUGGCGAAAGCAUCGGGUCUCCGGACCUUUGAGUGGCCCGGGUUACUGCGCGAUCUACACUGAGGCAAGGAAGUUGGAAAAGCCGAGUAGUUAUUCUAGAAGAUCAGUGUCUCACAGACUCGCAGCUUCUCUUCCAUUUUCCCCAAUGGCGCAUGUCUUACAAAAACCCAACCACUCUGGGACUCACUCCACAGUCUACGAGUUCCAGGUUUCGGAUUAUGUUCCAUGGCAGCAGUCCAAGCAGGAAACCAAGCCAUCUACUCUGCCUCCAGUCCAACAAGCCAACAGCCUUCAUAUAAGCAAAAUGAAGACUUUGACUAGGGUCCAACCAGUGUUCCACUCCAAGCCCACUAGAGUGGUGACAAGCUACCAGCCGAAGAAUCCACGAGAACUACAUAGAAGGCAGAAGUUGGACCCUGGGAAGAUGCAGGCCAAAAUCCGGUUAAUGAAGAUGAUGCUCAGGAACGGGAGGACCGCUCUGCGAGAGCUCCAAAGCCAUGAGAACUUCCUCACCAAGCUCAACGAGGAGCUGAUCGAGACCAUCCAGGACAUGGAGAACAGCACGACUCUGAACGUGCGGGCCCUGCUGCAGCAGCAGGACAUCCUAGCGACCAUCAUCGACAUCUUGGAGUAUUCAAACAAGAAGAGGCUGCAGCAAUUGAAGUCUGAGUUUCAGGAGUGGGAAGAAAAGAAGAAAUGCAAGAUGAGCUCUCUAGAGCAGCAGGCGGAGCAGCUGAAUGCCAAGAUUGAGAAGACCCAGGAGGAAGUGAACUUCCUGAGCACUUACAUGGACCAUGAGUAUUCCAUCAAGUCUGUCCAGAUCUCCACCCUUGUGCGCCAACUGCAGCAGGAUAAGGACAGUCAGCAGGAUGAGCUGGAUGACCUCAGUGAGAUGCGCAGAAAGGUCCUGGAAUCCUUGUCUGACAAGAUUCAGAAGAAGAAGAAAAAAAUUCUGAGUUCUGUGGUGGCAAAAACCCAGCGUCCCUAUGAGGAGGCUCUCCUACAGAAGAUAUGGGAAAGCCAGGACUUCCUGAAAUGCAUGCAAAGGUUCAGAGAAAAAAUCGAGAAAUCUUCUCAGCCACCUAGAGAUGAUUUCCUUUGUAUCCCACCAGAUGGUUCAACUCUUCUACAAAUGGAUCAAAGCCUUGUUCUUUUAAACAACAUAGUCCCCAGAAAAGCUGGUCCAGAGGAGGAAAUUCUUCCCAAGGAACCCACUCCCAACUUUCAUUUUUUUCAGAGUCUAUAUUCUUUCGUUCUGAAUCAUGAGUCACAUCCACUUCUCCUUUCAUUAAUAUAGUAACAGAAUGGUAAUUCUCCUUCUCAAUGAAAGAAUUCACAACUGAGGCAAAGCGAACAUUUUUCAGGUGAAGAGCUGCUUUUCCCCAGGUUUCCCUUUGAGCACAUUCUUCUCAGGUCUCACAGAAUUCCAGAUGACCUCCAGGGAGUUGGAAACUGCCGACUCCAACCGAGCCUUUCCUCUUCCCGAGGAGGACGCAACACGGAUGCUUGCAGCUGGUCACCAUGACUCUGACUCCGGGCACGGCUCCCACAGCUCUGUGCUGGCCGUCAUAGUGCGUGGAAGCCCGGCCAGUAAUUUCUAUUCUGCUUUCUGUCUCUGUGAAUUUGCCAAUACUAAGUACCU